UAUGUAUAACAAUGAACGGCAGAGUGCUGGAGGAAUGUGCGUUUCUGUCAGCUUCAUGUGCUGCAGGGCCAGUGCGGUACAAGCACCUCUAGAGUGACAUCUAACGAACAGCAACUUUCUAUACCCAAAUAGUGAAAGUACAAGGCUGGCUUAUGCUUCUGGUCAGUGUCAGAAUCAGAAUUCAAUGCUUUGCUUCUUCAUUGCAGGUGUUUGUGUUGCUGUUGGUCUGACAGUAAAUGGCAGCGUGGGAGGGACAGUGGAGCUGCCUUCAGUCCUGGGGAGUCUGAAGGUGGAAGAUUUUCAGUUUCUGAGUUGGACAUUUAAUGGAAAGGACAUUGCUGAAAUGCUCAGGGGUCACACAGAAGCAAAUCUUCAUGCUCAGUUCAAAGGACGACUGCAGCUGAGCCCUGAUUUCAGUCUAACUGUGAAGGAGCUGAGAUUGGAGGACAGUGGGGAGUAUCAGCGUGUAGGAAUGAAGAAAGAUGGUUCACAGAUUCCUCCACAUAAAAUCCAGCUGCAGGUUUAUGAGCCCAUAACAUCAGUGUGGAUACAGCCAGAAUACACCUGGGACCCAGAGAACCACACCUGCGCUGUGCGUUUGGUCUGCAACUCAUCAGGAGGCCUGAGACCCUCUUACUCCUGGAGGAUGAGGGAUCAGACAGAGAGCAGCUCCAGGCUGCAUUUCUUCCUUUCACCAGGAGAGGGCAAUGUCACCAUCACCUGCACUGCUGUUCAUGCUGCUAGUCAGAUGUCCAGUAAUCAUACAGUGAGGUGCAUCCCCCCAGUGCCCCCUGUUGGCUGCUCGCCGUGUCUGCUGAAGAUGGCAGUGUUCUCUGUGGGUCUGGUCAUCAUGGUGUCCGCUGUCAUCACUGUCCACCUCAGGGAGAGAUUCCACAGGCAAAGAGAGCCUGUCCAAGGGGCAGAGACAGAGGGAACUGCAGCACCGGGUGGCAGACUGUAGGCGUCCUGGAUCCCUGUAUCCCUGUACACAGCAGCCUGUUUACCCCCCAGCUUACACACCAUGGUAACAAUACUUAUAUUGGAAGGUCACUGUAAAUUGAAAAUAUUAAUUCAUAUCACAUCUCAGUGUCAUUUACUAGUUGGGUUAGUGGGUCCUAAAGAUCAGUCCCCUUUGGAUUCUCCUUAACCAGCUUGUAUGAGGAGGGUCUGAUACAAAAUAAUUUUAGCAUGACAGUUAUGAGAUACAUAUCUUCAAAUAACAUAUUUUUACCAGCCUGCGAACACUUUACAGGUAAAAUCGACACUGUUUCUCCACAUUUACGUUCCACAGUGUUUUAUAAUAUUUCUGUUUGAUCGUGUUUGUAAUGAGGACUCUUACUUUUGUAAGUAGAACAGCAAUCGAAUUAAAGGUCCAUGUAUGUCAGUGUCGACACAGUUUGUCACUCUGCUCACCCUGAGCCUCACUGACCACAUUCACUGAUGAUCAGGAAAACGAUGCUGCAUGCAGAGGUCAGCGCUUUGGUGUCUACAGCAAUGUGCAGCGGGAGGCUGUGAGGGCAGCUCUAAGGUGGAACUGCUGGCUUUUGUGAAAUAAAGCUUUGUUUGCACAACUACAAUGGAUUUAUUUUUUUCUGCUCCAUCUUGCUCUCCUUCUA